AUGGCUCCAACACUGUUUUCCGACGGUGCAAAACCCGGGGACCUGAUCCAGAUCUUCCGUGGGACCUACACGCACUGGGCUGUCUACAUCGGUGGAGAUGAAGUCGUCCAUUUGAUUCCUCCAUGUUCUGAUUCAGACAUGUUCAAUAACCUGCUGAUGCUCGUGGAUAGCCCCAAAGCAACAGUGAGGCGUCAGAAGAUCUGGGACGUGGUCCGCUCCAACCGUUUCAGAGUCAACAACCUUCUGGAUGACGAGUACGAGCCUCGUCAACGGCGCGUCAUCGUGAGAGAGGCGUGUUCGUUGGUGGGCUGGGAGAUGCCGUACUGUCUCGCUACUAACAACUGUGAGCACUUUGUCACAAAGCUACGGUACGGCAAGCCGGAGUCUCGCCAGGUUAAAGAUGCAGCUCUGAUCGGAGGCGCAGCGUUAGCAGGUGUAGGCAUCAUAGCUUUGGGAGCCGCUCUGAUCGCCUUGCUCAAAGAUGACGACGAAGGAAACACGUCCGACUGACGGCAAAAAGAGAAGGAAAGAUGCUGCCAUUGUUUCAGUCAGUUCACCUGCCACUGACAAUGUGAAUAAACUAUUGCACAUGCACAAACUGUCAACACACAAUACAGCUGUGGAUCAGACAAGACGAGCUGCUGAACAUGGAGUCUGUUGUUUUAGAUCCAGCAGAUGUUUGUAUAUUUUUUAUUUAUCACAAAAGACAGUGAAGUCAUCUUACUUUAAGACAGUAAACUGUACAAUCAAAUGUAAAUGUAUAAAGUAAUGUAAU